AUGAUUGGAAUUCUUGACGCAAAGUCUCUUUUAUCAUUGAAUUUUCGGCUUCCGCCGUCUGAUAUGGUUGACGUACUGACAACGCUCCUCUGCUCUUGGCGCGAAAGAGUCGAUUCAGUAUCUACGCUUUUCCUGUCGUCGCAAAUACUUGUACGAUUCGUCGGUCUUCUCAUAGGCCGAAGCCAGCGCCGAAGUCGUGUCUUCGUCCGACUCACGAAUCUCGUCCACACCGCUAUCCUUAUCUCUUUUGUCUCGCUUCUGAUGGAACAACGACGAAAUCCCUUUCUUUAUCUUUUUUCCCAAGCUCUUAAUAUUCUGUUUGCUAUCUUUCUUCCUCGUUUCUUCCUCUGGCUCUCUUUUGACCUCUCUCUUCUCCUCAUCGGUUUUCUGUCCUUUCCUCUUGUCAUCUCGUCUCGAGUCCCGAUCCCCGUCCCUCUCACCUCGAUCACUGGAACUUUUCAAAGAGGCGCUAAGACUCAGCCGUCUCUUUCUGACCCGAGAUCGUCUUUUUCGCCGGCAGUCGGAGAUGUUCCUCCGCCGUCACACUCGUCCUUCUUGCGAUGUCUGUCAUGGCUGACAGACCGCGGCUGUGCAGACGGACUUCUCUCUUUCCUGUGUUUUGAUUCAUCUUUUCUGUCUCUCGACCGGGAAAGUAAUUUGCUGAAAGGUCUCGAUUUUUUCUCCGGAGACGGCGUAGUCGACGUUGACGAUGAAGUCGACAGUACCGGAGACAAAGUCGGGCCUGCAUCGGAGUUAUUUCCCUUCGAGUUGUUUUUGUCUUUCUUUUGCCGAUAUUCAUUUUAUCUAUGGAUGUUCAUUUCUAUCUAUCUAUCUAUCUAUCUAAUAGUAAUGCUGUCAGAUUAUCUUCACUUUGAUGAUACAAAAGUCUUUUGUCUGAGAGUCAAUACAAUAGUCUCAUUGCAAAAUCUACAAUGCCCACGAGACUCUCUCCUCUUUCUCAGUCCGUAUUUCUCUGUCUCACCCAGUUUGUUCAUAUGUAUCUCCUGUCUGCCAACCAAUGGCAGUGUUGAUUCCUAUCUAUCUAUCUAUCUAUCUAUCUAUCAAUUCCUAUCUAUUUAUCUUUUUUACAAUCCGCGUAUGUCGAUAUGCACACACACGUACAAAUAUAUAUUCAGAGAUGUUGGAAGUUUCUCUGGCCGAUUAACUUUCCACAAUCGAUGA